UCUUUGUCCUACGUAAGACCGUCGCUCCGCCUCGCUCUCCUAUCGGACCGUUUCCCCUACCGCAUCCAUUUUUUGUGCAUUGAAGAAAUCUUAGCAGCAGCAGCGGCGGCAACCAGGAGGGAAUCGCGAGGAAGCGAUUACCGCAAUAAGGGAUCGCGCGCCCUACCAUUGGACGAUGCGCGAGAGCUCUCCGUAAGCGGCAGCAGCCAUGGGAUAGACUGCACUCACCAUGAUUUCCAAAUAAAAGCAUCUACACCUGAGAAUGUCAGCUCGGGGGGCCCCGGCCGCGUCCCCUGCGGCUCCCGCUCCGCCGGACCUGAGCCACCUCACCGAGGAGGAGAGGAAGAUCAUCCUCUCGGUCAUGGAGCGACAGAAGAAAGAGGAGGAGAAAGAGCAGUCCAUGCUGAAGGAACCUCCUAAAGAAGACACAAAGCCUCAGCCAGCUCAGUGGAACCCUUUCAGUGGAAUCACUGAUAAAAUUUAUUUACUUGCCGAUGGCUGCGGCCACGUCUGUUCUUAUUGCCAAACCAAGUUCUGCGCGCGCUGCGGAGGACGCGUCUCCCUCCGCUCCAACAAAGUAAUGUGGGUAUGCAACCUGUGCCGAAAACAGCAAGAAAUCCUAACAAAGUCGGGAGCAUGGUUCUACAGCAGUCCUGAGGGCUCCAGAUCAGGGCCCCAAGCCAAAGUAAGGGGAGGCCCAGCCAGUGCAAACCAGGACCCUCUCAGAAACGGUUCAGGGAUCCCAGACAGAAACAGAAGCCCAUCAGCAUCCAGGGACCCCAACGCGGCAUAUAACCAAAGGGAGGGGGAAGGAGGACUGCAGUAUGCCCCGGCUGAAGGUGGCAUGCCCCGCUCUCCGUCCGACUACGGACGUGACCCUGGCUGUUCGCCGAGGAGUUCAAGAAUGUACAAUGAGGUGGGCGGUUAUCAAGACAGUCGAGGACGCUGGCACUCUCAAGGCCAGCGUUUGGAUGGCCAGCUAGAAGACUAUGAACUCCAAAGACGCCGUGAGGAGGAAUACCAGGCCCGAUACCGCAGCGACCCCAACCUGGCGCGCUACCCAGUCAAACCCCAGCCCUAUGAGGAGCAGAUGCGCAUCCAUGCCCAGGUGUCACGGGCUCGGCACGAGCGGCGCCAUAGCGACGUCUCGCUUGCCUAUACAGAACUGGACGAGCCUCUGCAUGGCCCCGGUGGGCGGCAGUCACGCCUCCCUCUGUUGGGAGGCCCAAGUCAACGCUCGUACUCCAUGGACAGGAGCUCAUCGGGACAUCGGAUGUCGAAUCAUAGCCCACCAACACCACACCGCAGCCCUGUGCUGGGUGAUAGCCGCCGAGGACUGGCAGAGCCAACGAGGAAACCCAUACCCCAACAGCACCACUUGGACCCUAGCUCAGCUAUGCGCAGGAACAAACAGGACAAAAUGGAUAGCAUACUACGAAACGACUCUUUAAGCUCAGACCAAUCCGAGUCGGUUCGGCCUCCUCCACCUCGACCACACCGCAGCAAACGCCUUGGCAAGCUCAGAACCAUGGGCAGCUUCAGCAGCUCAGAGGAGGAGUUGGCCACCACGCCAGAGUACACCAGCUGUGAGGAUGUGGAGCUGGAGAGCGAGUCCAUCAGCGAGAAAGGAGAUAUGGAUGGUCACUGGUGGGACCAUGCGUCUUGGCAUAGCGAGGCCUCCUCAAUGUCUAUGCACCCGGUGACAUGGCAACCAUCCAAAGAUGGAGAGCGCCUAAUAGGGCGGAUAGUGCUAAACAAGCGGAUGAAAGAUGGCACGGUGCCCAGAGACACUGGGGCACUGCUGGGCCUCAAGGUAGUGGGAGGGAAGAUAACAGAGUCUGGCAGACUUUGUGCUUUCAUUACGAAGGUGAAGAGAGGAAGUCUUGCAGACACUGUCGGCCAUCUCCGACCAGGCGAUCAGGUCCUGGAGUGGAACGGGAGGGUCUUACAGGGAGCCACAUUCAAGGAAGUUUACAAUAUCAUUCUAGAAUCCAAGCCAGAGCCGCAGGUGGAGCUGGUGGUCUCACGGCCCAUCGUAGAUGUCCCUAGAAUACCAGAGAGCACACAUGGACAACUUGAAUCAAGUUCAAGUUCCUUUGAAUCUCAAAAAAUGGGCCCGUCCAUCUCUGUCACGUCCCCCAUGAGUCCUGGCAUGCUCCGGGACAACCCUCAGUAUCUGUCCGGACAGCUUUCAAGUCCAUGCCUUAGUAGAAGAACCACGCCUUUUGUCCCUAGGGUCCAGGUCAAGCUAUGGUACGAUAAAGUAGGACAUCAGCUCAUCGUCACUAUCCUGGGCGCCAAAGACCUGCCUUCACGAGAAGACGGGCGACCCAGGAAUCCAUACGUCAAAAUCUACUUCCUCCCCGACAGAAGCGAUAAAAGCAAGAGGAGAACGAAAACAGUGAAGAAAUCUCUGGAGCCCAAGUGGAACCAGACGUUCAUGUACUCGCCGGUGCACAGACGAGAGUUCAGGGAGCGCAUGCUGGAGAUCACACUGUGGGACCAGGCCAGAGUCCGAGAGGAGGAGAGCGAGUUCCUGGGAGAGAUUCUGAUCGAGCUGGAGACGGCGCUGCUGGACGAUCAGCCUCACUGGUAUAAGCUCCAAACACACGACCAGUCCUCGAUGCCGCUGCCGAACCCCUCGCCCUACAUGCAGAGACGCCUCCUGCACGGAGAGAGCCCCACACGCAGGCUGCAGAACAAGGGCCCGUAUUUUUACAACUCAGGUAACUUUGCCCUGCUUGCUCCAGCUAGCGUGUGAUUGGCCAGCAGUGUGAUUUGACUCUCCUCCACACUCUCAAAGUGUGCUCUCCCCUCACUUCUGCCUCAUGCUCUUCAGAAACCACACUGUCCCUCACAGCCUGCAUGGAGAUAACACCCAUCACUGCUGCUACAUGCCACCAGUCCUCAUUUUACAGCUUAUCUGUCCAUUUUGGCCUGAUCUACAUUGUUGCAAAUACAUAUAAAAUCCACCUAGUCAAUAGCCCUUCCUGAGCAGAUCUGUGUGUGGCCUGUUCACGCUUCUCCCAGCCUCUCUCAAACCUUUCUGUGGUUGAUGUUUGCUGUGUUUCACUGUUUUGAUUUCAGACUAAAUGAUAGCAAACCUCACGCCGCUUGGUUCUGCUCACACUGGUCUCUUUUGUAUUAUUUGAGUCUGAACACAGUGUGUUAUCAAUGUGAAGCAGGAAUGACAAGUGCAUUAGGACGUACAUGCAAAUUAUCCGUCAUCUUCCACAAGCUGUGUGUUAGCAUGGAAAUAGUUUUCAUGUCAAAUAUCCUCAGGUCUCCAGUAACAGCUGU